AUGAAACGUCCAAGUAAUGAACCUAUUGAAAAGACGCCUACACGUCGUUCUAAAAGAGUCAAAGUAACUCAAAGUAGUCAUAUUGAUUCGGACAUUGAUGAAGAGAUAUCUUAUACAAAUAGUCCAGCUAGUAAAGAAACAUCAGAGCCUGUUGAAGAAAAAUCUGUUUUUAAUAAAAAAGGUAGAAAGUCUCGUAAUAUAAGAGAUAAUUCUCAGGAUAGUGGUUGUUCAGGAAAAAAUAUUCAACUAAAUGAUACUUCUAAUAAUGAUUCUAUAGCACGAAGAAAAAGUACUAGAGGUAGAAAAAGUAAAAAUAUUUCAGGAGAACAGGCAACAUUUGCAUCAUCUAGUAAAGAUAAAUCGCUAUCAACAACAUCUAUGGAUGAUGAUAAUUCAAUAGAUCAAAAUAAUAUUCCAUUACUAGAGACAACAUCUAAAGAAGUAAUUCAUGAAGAGGAAAAAACUGAAAGAAUGUCAGUUGAAAAAGAAGAAGUUGAGGAUGAUGAUGAAAGUACGAAUACAGAGUCAUCUGAUGAAGAGUCUAUUGACUUUUCUAAAAUAGAAACAGUUGCAAAAGGAAGACCAAGAAGAGCUAAUGCUGGUAACAGAAUGGAAUUACUAUUAACAAAAGAAGAAAAAGAAUUAAUGGCAGAAGAACCACCUGAAUAUCAAGAUUAUUUUUAUAGAAAAGAAGAUAAUACUGUUCCGGAGGGGGAAAAUGAUUUAUUUAGUGAAAAAGAUAUCGAUGAUUCUGGUGAUGAAAUUGAUUCAGAUUUCUUAGAUAGUGAUAAAACUGAUGAUGAAGCAAAUGGCGAUGAGGCAGAAAAGAGUAUUUUAGCAAUUGAAAGAGAAGAGAAGCGACGAUUAAAAAGGAAGUACAAAUCAACAGUUUUAGAUAUUCCUAUAUCUGCUUAUAAUGUUCAACCAAAUGUUUUGACACCAGAAGAACAUGAAAAGGCUUUAGAAAAAAGUGUAAAAACUGCCGAACAAAAUAUUGCUUCACUCCAAAAGUAUCAAGCAAUGGAAAUUGAAAAUAAAAAUAAACGAUUUAAUAAAAAUAAGAAAAAAAUGAGGCCUAUGGAUGUUGAUAUUAUUAUUAAGAAGGGUGAUGAAAGAUUGUUACAUUUAGCUGUUGAACCAAUUCAUAAUGUACCUAAAAAAGGAGAAAGGCUUAUUUGUGCUAUAUCUGGUAAACCAGCUAAAUAUUUUGACCCUUUAACAGAAAUUCCAUAUUAUUCAAUUGAAGAAUUUAAAAUAAUAAGAAAAAUGUAUGAGGAAUAUUUAAAUAGUGUUGAAGUUGAUCUUAGAAAUUUAAAAGUAUCCAAAAAUGUGGAUUGUUAA